AUGAGGCUGGAGUGUGUUUCUGCUCGCCUUGAUCACAAGAUCGAUCCGCCAGCCCAUUUCAAUGGCCCGAAAUUUCGGCAACACACUCGACUGCACGACUCAAAGCCAAGUACUGCCUGUUUCCUCUACCUUGUCACGUGUCCUGUCGCCUUGACGACUGAGCUACCAAUGUGCAUGUGCAUGUUCUUUAUGCGAUGUUCACGGCUGGCUGGCUGGGCGAGGCGGAGGGCCAGUUUUCAGCGCCGAGACGAGCGCAGCAACGGACGAUGGAUCACGCAGCAGAGACUGUCUCCACCGGUUGGCGUCACUCGGUCGUUGGGGUGUAGAGCGAAACCCUCCUCCCCGGCAGAGUGUAUCGGGCACGCAUGA